GGAAAACUCCACCCUUACAGGAGCAACCUUCACAAAAAAAUUAAACAUACACAAGGUGAAGAAGGGCAGCGAUCAGUCUUAUCCUCUGGAGAUUGUUGACAUCAUGGGGAUUGAAAUAUCAGAAGGAGGAAUAAAAAAGGAAGACAUCAUCCAGGCCCUUGAGGGACACAUUUCAGAUGGGUAUGUGUUUAAUUCACACACAUCCAUAAAAAAAGACGAUCCAAAAUACAAAAAGGAGCCAACUUUGUGUGAUAAAGCUCACUGUCUGGUGUGUAUUCUACCUGCGGACACUGUUUCAAGAAUGGAAGACCACAUCUGUAAGGUGAAGGAAAUUAGAGAGCACGCUAGCCUGCUGGGAAUCCCUCAAGUUAUUGUCAUGACCAAGGUGGAUAAAGCCUGUGAGCUGGUCAGCAAGGAUUUAAAGAAAAUCUACUACAGCAAGAAGAUCAAAGAGAAGGUAGUCAAGUGCAGUAAUACCGUGGGCAUCCCUCUUAAUGCCAUCUACCCUGUGCAGAACUACUCUGAAUCCAUCACCCAAGAUCCAGAUACUGACAUGCUCAUACUCACAGCAAUGAGAGAUAUUCUAAAUUUUUUCCAAUGACUAUGUGGAACGAGAGAUGGAAAAAAAAAAAAAAGUCCUGAAAGACAUAUAAAUUAAAGAGGUUUAAAGUGAAACUGUGGACAACCAUUAAGUGCAUUUUGUAUUUUAUCCUUUAAAACUUCUCCUUAACCUACAAAUUAUUUUUUAUCAAAUGAUCUUUUAAGAUUUAUCUUAUAAUGACUUUUAUACUUUUUAGCCAAUGCUUCCUCAUGCAGCCUGUUUAUCUGUCCAGCUCUCUCACCUCCUCACCUGUACACACCGCUCAAACAGAAUAACUCCAACAUAAAGACCUCAUGACCUCAUGAACUACAACAUAAAGACCUCAUAUUACUACUGUCUACUUAUUGUAAUAUUAUUAUUUCUGGAGAUCAGGUUUUCACAAGGGCAGUUUUUACAUACUUUUGUUGCAUGUUUUAGAUAUAAAAUGUGUGAAUAUUUGGUUUAAUUUCUGCAAUUUCCGGUAAACUAAAAUGUUGCUGACUAAAAUUUGAUGUUAUUUUGCAGUAAAUUUGAACAAAAUGAAUAAAUAUGAUAUGAUUAAAUCAUAGACUAAAUGUGAAGGAUAUUUUCUUCAAAAAACAAAUAUGACUAAAACUGUGUAAAAAAUUAAAGAAUGGAACUGGCCUUUUAUUUCAUUUUUUAUAUGUGCUUUAAAAAUAAAUGCACUUUGUUUGAUUUGUAUUUACUCAUUGCGCCCACUCUGGUGUCGCUGGUAUUUUGUCUUUACAAUUUGAAUAGAAUUUCAUUUAAUACAUGCUGAUCAUUAUUUCCUCAGGUAUACGUGUGCAGAAAUACCAUAGGCAUCCCACUAAAUGCCAUCUACCCUGUGCAGAACUACUCUGAAUCAGUUACUCAAGAUCCAGAUAUUGAAAUUCUCAUCCUCACAGCACUGAGAGAUAUUCUAAAUCUUGCCAAUGUCUAUGUGGAAGACAUAAAAAAAGAUGUCUAGUCCUGAAAGACAUAUACAUUAAUGUCUUUAAAGUGAAAUUGUGUUCAACAUGUUUUAGGUGAAUCCUGUGUU